GGCUCCUACAGCUCCAGAGAGGACACCUCAUCCAAGGUCAAGAUGAGACUUCCCUAUCGCCAGGGUGCUGUCUGGUUAAGCUAACCCUUCAGGAACCCUAGCCCCUCUUGGCAGAAUCUCAUUGACUCUUGGCAUGAUGCCACGACCUUGUGGUGGUUGAAAGGGCACUGCCAUGGCUUCCCUGGAUGACCCAGGGGAAGUGAGGGAGGGCUUCCUUUGCCCUCUGUGCCUGAAGGACCUGCAGUCUUUCUAUCAGCUGCAGUCACAUUACGAGGAAGAGCACUCAGGGGAAGAUCGUGAUGUCAAAGGACAUAUUAAAAGUCUGGUCCAGAAGGCUAAGAAAGCAAAGAACAGAUUGCUGAAACGAGAAGGAGAUGACCGAGCAGAAUCAGGGACUCAAGGAUAUGAGUCUUUUAACUAUGGAGGGGUUGAUCCUUAUAUGUGGGAGCCCCAAGAACUUGGUGCUGUGAGAAGCCAUCUUUCUGAUUUUAAAAAACACCGAGCUGCCAGGAUUGACCACUAUGUUGUCGAAGUCAAUAAAUUAAUAAUCAGGUUAGAGAAGCUCACCGCGUUUGACAGAACCAAUGCUGAGUCUGCCAAGAUCCGAGCCAUAGAAAAGUCAGUGGUGCCUUGGGUCAGCGACCAGGAUGUCCCUUUUUGUCCUGACUGUGGCAGUAAGUUCAGCAUCCGUAACCGCCGCCACCAUUGUCGCCUCUGCGGGUCUAUCAUGUGCAAGAAGUGCAUGGAGCUCAUCAGCCUUUCCUUGGCAAACAAGCUCACCAGUGCCAGCAAGGACUCCCUGAGCACCCACACCAGUCCCAGUCAGUCGCCCAACAGUGUCCGAGGUUCCCGCCGGGGCAGCAUCAGCAGCGUGAGCAGUGUGAGCUCGGUGCUGGAUGAAAAGGAUGACGACCGCAUCCGCUGCUGCACGCACUGCAAGGACACGCUGCUCAAGAGGGAGCAGCAGAUUGACGAGAAAGAGCACACACCUGACAUCGUGAAGCUGUACGAGAAAUUGCAGCUCUGCAUGGAGAAAGUUGACCAGAAAGCUCCUGAAUACAUCAGGAUGGCCACAUCGUUAAAUGCUGGGGAGACAACCUACAGUCUGGAACAUGCCAAUGACCUUCGGGUGGAAGUACAGAAAGUAUAUGAGCUAAUAGACACUUUAAGUAAGAAGAUCUUAACCCUAGGCUUGAACCGGGACCCUCCACCACACCCACACACUCUGCGGCUGCAGCGAAUGGUCAGAUACUCGGCGACACUUUUUGUGCAGGAAAAGUUGCUUGGCUUGAUGUCACUCCCUACCAAAGAUCAAUUUGAGGAACUGAAAACGAAAAGGAAGCAGGAACUAGAGAAGAAGAGGCUACAGGAGAGAAAGGCCGCCCUGGAAUCCCAGCGAAGGCUGGAGGAAAAGCAGAGUGGCUUGGCUCCUCGUGCAGCCAACGGGGAGGUGGCGUCUCUUCGCAGGGGCCCUCCCUCCCUGCAGAAGGCCGAGGGCUGGCUCCCUCUCUCAGGAGGGCAGGGCCACAGUGAAGACUCAGACCCCCUCCUCCAGCAGAUCCACAACAUCACAUCAUUCAUCAGCCAGGCCCAGGCCGCAGGUCGGACAGAUGAAAUGCGCACGCUUCAGGAGAACCUGCGGCAGCUGCAGGAUGAGUACGACCAGCAGCAGACAGAGAAGGCCAUUGAGCUGUCCCGGAGGCAGGCUGAGGAGGAGGCCCUGCAGCGGGAGCAGCUGCAGAUGCUUCAGGAACGGGAGUGGGAACGGGAAAAGGAGCAGUUCCAAGCGGUGUCCUUGCACACACGGACGCAGUCCCUGGACUUCCAAGAAGUCAGGCCCUUUCAGCUGGAUCCUGGGAGAGAGCCUCACACCCUCCUCACUCACACCCUGCACCGCGGUGUGCCCCCAGCUCAGAGUCGUGCAGCUCCCAAGACGCCCUCACCCAGCUCAGCUGGAGAGCCCAUGAGAGCAUGGUGUGGGCCUCCGGCGCUCAGCCAGGAGUUCCUCCCCCCAAGCUCUGCGCCACAGCCCACGGAGGUGCCUGCCCCAAACCCCUUUGAGGAGGAAGAUCUCUCCAGCCCCACAGAGGAGGGUGCUGGCAGCCCUCCUGCUGCAGAGGCUUCCGUCAGACUCUCAGCCCAGAUCCCAAGGGAAUACAAUCCCUUUGAGGAAGAAGAGGAGGAAGACGAGGAGACAGUAGUGGGGAAUCCCUUUGUUACGCCAGAUGGCUCAGCACCCAACCCCUUCGAUGAGGAAGAUGAAUCUCCCUCCCAGAGGCCUUCAAGCCCUCCUGGUCUUGGCAACCCUUUCGAGGAGCCUGCCUGCACUAACCCCUUUGAAGUAGACAAUGACAAUGACAGCGGCCCUGAGGGCGAGGGGCCCAUUGAGGAGGAGCUGCUGCUUCAGCAGAUUGACAACAUCAAGGCGUACAUCUUUGAUGCCAAGCAGUGCGGCCGCCUGGACGAGGUGCAGGUGCUGACGGAGAACCUGCGGGAGCUGAGGCGCACUCUAGCCAAGCAGCAGGGGGAUCUUGACUGACCAGGGUGGUGGGCUUGACAGGGAAGGAGGCAGGGUGAGAAGGAAGGUGCGUGCAUACGAGGGGAGGGGCUCUGCUGUCUUGAGCGAUGCACUUUGAGGUAUUUCCACUACAAUGGGAUAAUGGGAAAGAGCACCCAAAGUCAGCAUUUGUUUGCUGAAUCUCCUGUGCCCUGUUUUUUGCUUGUUUGUUAAUUGGAGGCUUUCCCUUUAGAAGGGACUUUCCAGUUUCACUCCUGAGCAUCACUAAAUGCAGCUCUGUUGGGCUCGGGUAGAGUGUUUGCCCUGCCCCUCGUGGGUCUGUUUGCUAACUGCCUGGUCAUUGGUCAGUAUGCAGAGUUAGUUACAGGGCGGCCUGGUAUAGAGCCUUCCUUUUAGCCGAGGUGGGCAAAAUGGGCUCCUUAAAUUACACUUUGUUCGGCUCCUGUGGCAGUCUGGUUGCCAUGUCUCACCAGGAGCUCCCUCUGCUGGGCUCAGGGCAGAGAAAGGGGAGGGGUUACAAUGAAAGGGGCCGUUGGAGUGAGAGUCCAGCAUCUUGUUAAGAGGAUGGCAUCUCCCCCCAGGGUCUGUUUCUCUGUGCGUUUCUGUCUCUUUUAGGAAGUUAUGCUCUCACUACAAGGGUUGGCAUUGUGAGGGUGAUCAGGAGCUGUUCAGAAAGCGGGAUAGAGGAAGCCGGAAGUAUCCGAGGGAAGAGGUUCUGAAGGGACUGAAUGAAGGCAGGAACCACCCUCCCUCCCUCAGCUCCCGCAGAAUCAGGGUCUCUUUCAAGGGCCGAUCCAUCAUUGAGGAAGUGACAGUCAGAGACCUUUCUUCUGUGGAACAUGGCCCGGGGGCAGAAAACAGUGAUUUUCUCAGGGCCAGUUGGCCACCCCCCUCCUUGUCCUGACCUGGGGCACUGGUGAGGUAUUUUCUUAGCAAUGUCAGUAUUAAGAAAUGGAGACAGGUGAAGAGGCACAAGCCAGGACAAUCCCAAAGGCAGUGCCAUACUCUCCUUGGUUAUACAGGCAGAAAGGGAGCUGUUAACUCUUUCAUGACCAAAUUAUUUUCUACUUUGAAUUUUUUGUGGAUGCCUUAUUGGUGUUUCCAAUACGGGAAGGUAGAAUGAAAUCAAGGGGGAAAUUUUUUUUUUUUUGCGGUAAUAUGGAUUUUUAUACAAUUACGUAGGAUACAUACUGUAUAUACUCGAGUAUAACCAACCUGAAUGUCAGCCGAGGCACCUAAUUUUACCACAAAAACUGCAUUAAAAAUGUGCCGAAAAACUCGGCUUAUACAUGAGUAUAUACGGUAUGUCCCAAGAGGAUUCUGCUGGUAGGAUUGGUGGAGCGAGGCUCAAACCGAUUAAAAUCAUCCCUGCCAGUGGGAGCACACACCACAACUGGAGUAGCAUCGCCCAAGAAACCUCAAAGGCUGACAGUGUUGGUGGGUGACAUACAGGGGUAAGUAAAAAAGCGUUGCUACAAAAUCAUAGAAACCUUUGUUUGACAAAAUUACCAGAAUGUUAAACUAUUGUUUCUUGACCUCUCCUCCGCCCUGCUGUCUACACUUUUGAGGGCAGAAUCUCCACUUCUCUAGCCCUCCCCCAAAGAAUCAGUUUACACCACCUCAGAACAGCAAUUUGGGCAUCUUCAAAGAACUCAGGUCAAAUUCCUUUGACACGUUCUUUGUGUUUUGAGAACAAAAAAAGUCUGAAGGUGCAAGAUCAGGGCUGUAGGGUAGAUGAGGUAAGAUUUCCCAAGGAAAUUCCAAUAGGAUUGCCCUUGAAGAAUGAGCAGAUACAUUGAUGUGCUGGAAGACAGUACAAAUUUCCUGGUCUUUUCUUCCCAAUGCAGUUUUCAAUUAAAAAAAAACAAACAAAAAACUUCUUCCUAAUUGUGGGAUCCAGCCCACAUCUGGAUGGGUCCUAAAGGACAGUUGUAUAAUUGAAGGGAAAAAAUUGAGACAGAAGUUUUGGGGUGCUCACCCCCAUGGUAUCUGGAACCAGGUCUGGGAGAGAGAGAAAUCAAGGGACAGCAGUUGGAACAUGUCUGCUCCUAUAGAUAAAUCUUCCUGCCAGAUCGCAAUCAGCCAUGUGCUUGUAAGAGGGAACUUUAAGAUAGCACUAUUAGAGGAGGAUUUGGAUUAAUCUUAAUUAUGAGAAUGUGACUGGGACUCAUCUCUAACUCCCUCCACCUAGCACCCCGGCCUCCCAGGCUUCUUAACAUAAGAAUUUGUCCCUGUACAUUCUCUUCCCGGUUCUCAGUUUCCCACAGUAAGUCCCUAUGCAUGUCUUGUGUCCAUGGAGAGAACCUAUUAAGAUAACUCUUUUGGAAUUAAAAACAAAAAAAACACAGAACAAAACUGUAGAACCUUCAGAGCGGACCUCUCUGCCUUGACCUCUCUCACUGGUUCGGCUGAUCCCCUUGGAAGCCACUGUUGUGAUUGGACCCUCUGUUUGAAGGUGCCCAAACCAUUUCUGAGAGUACCUGCCUGCACUCAUCCUCCCUCACAGAGACGCACUCAAACACAAGUUGUUUGGGAUGCCCCCUGUGUGAAGUGGAACCGUCGUAGCAGUACUUUUGGCCCCACCUUUCACAGCACGAUGGUCAUGUGGCUCAGUGCUGAGCCGAGUGCCCGCAGCUGUAGUUGUUAACUAGUCACGUCAUUCUCC